UUUGACUGGUCCUUUCUGUCCAGUCCGAGCUCGCAGCACUCCACUUGCGCACUCCUUGCUCGCAACAGCUACAGCCUCCAGCCUCCUUCGGCUGCCUGUGUCCCGACCCAGGAAGCCGAACGCCAUCACCUAUUGCAACCUCAUCAGCGCCUGCCACGCUCAGGAGUGGCGGCGGUCUUUGGAGCUCUUCGCCACAGCGAACGACGAGCAGCAGCUGGAUGUGAUGCUCUUCAAUGCCACGCUCUCUGCCCUACCAUGGUUUUCAGCCCUUCGGUUGCUGAAGAAGGUGGCCCAGCUCCAGCUGCAGGCCAACAUCAUCUCUUACAACUCCACUCUUCGCGACAGCAUGACGUGGCGACAAAACCUGCAACAGCUCGAAGCACUGCAAGAUCUUGGACUGACACCCAGCCGCGUCAGCUACAACAGCGCCAUGAGUGCAUGCGACCACGACCAGGCGGACGCCUGGCGCUCGGCACUGGGGCUCGCCACAGCCGUGGCUCCCGAUAGGAUCACCUGCAAUGUCGCGAUCCGCCUGCAGGACCCAUCUGCUUGGUCCAGAUCCUUUGAAUUUCUGGAAUUUGGUGCUCGCCGGCGAAUGGAGUCCAACGUCAUCACCAUGAGCUCUGUGCUCAGUGUUGCUGAGAAGGUCAGCCUUUGGAAGUCCUCCUUGCAGCUGAUGACCGUAGCGAAACGAAAUCACCUGGAAGCAAAUGUCGUCACUUUCAACGCCCUGCUGAGCUCCUUCCCUUGGUACCAAGCACUCCAGCUCGUCCACAAUAUGGGACAGUGCCAGGUACAAAGGAGCCUCAUCACACGCAAUGCACUGCUGAGCCGCUUUGAGGUCGAGGGGCGCUGGCCACUGGCGCUGGAGCUGGGGCGGCUGGCACGACGAAGCCGCGAGGUGAGUGAUGUGAUCUCCUUCAACUCCACCAUCAGCAGCUGCAACAGGCAUGCCGAGUGGCAGCGGGCUGUGGAACUCCUUCAACGCCUCGAAGGGUCCUUCCUUGAGCCCAACGUGAUUUCCUUCACCUCUGCCCUGGCCAGCCACGAGGUCGUGCAGUGGCCCAGUGCGCUGCUCCUGCUGCCCGAAGUGCAAAGGCGCAGUGUUGCAAAUAUGAUCUUCUACAACGCUGCCCUGAGCGUCACUGCGGAACGAUGGGACCAGGCGCUCAGACUCUUCUUCCAGCAGAAGCUCCACGAACCCGUCGAAAGGAGUGUCGACUUGACCAGCUUCAACAUGGCCAUCUUGGCCUGCGAGAAAGCCAGCCGAUGGGAAGAAGCCUUGAGCCUGCUGACGCUUUGUGCCCACCGGGGCUUGCGAGAAGAUGUCAUCACUUUCACCAACGCCAUCAGCGCCUGUGGGCAAGCCCUUCGCUGGCGCGAAGUGCUGCAGCUCUUGCAGCUCUCCAGUGAGAGGUCGGUACGGUGCAACCUCCUGAGCUAUGCCAUGUGCUCCGAAGCCUUGGCUUCGACCCCACGGCGCCCGAAGCCUUCGCUCCGCUGGGCCUUGGGCCGCUUGGAGGAGUCUCUUGCCAGCAUCCUCCUAGCAUCUUCAAGGAUCUCGCAGAAGACCUGAGCAGAAUCAUGCAGAACUGCCUGCGCAAAUAUGCGUCAGCCUAUAACAUUGUUUGGAACAGGGCUCGCGUGUACAGAGGCUUUGUUUUCUUCUUAGCACGCCCUGUUGUACAGGUCUGUUUUGCAGAAUGAACACAUGCCAGAUUUGUGAAGGACUUUGCUUCAUGACGUUUUUGUGGAGGGAACCACCAUGUGGGUCAAAUCCAGCG